AUGGCUAUCGACUAUCGCCAUGGCAUCUCCAUCCUCGAACUAAUCAUAUACAUCCCCACCUUAUUCACAGCCCUAUGGAUGGCCUUUCGCCAUGGAUUCACACGAAGCUCGGGCUGGAUAUUCUUCGUGAUCUUCUCGUUAGCUCGAAUCAUCGGCUCCUGCUGCUACCUAGCCACCAUCAGCAAUCCUACAUCGGUCGAUCUCUACGUGGCAUGGGCAGUCUGCACAUCCAUCGGAGUCUCGCCUCUGACCUGGGCCUGCAUUGGCCUGUUGUCUCGAGCUAACGACUCGAUCCAACGGAAAUCCGGCCACGCUCUACACCCGCUCCUGUUCAAGGUGACCGGCCUGCUCACCAUCGUAGGCAUGAUCCUGGGCAUUGUGGGCCAAACGAAAAGCACCAGCCCGACGGAAGGGCUGUACAACUCCAAGACCAAAGCCGGCCUGGUGCUGUACCUCAUCGCAUGGGUCGGCCUCUGCAUCCUGCUGCUCCUCAUCUCUCUCCGCUAUCAGCAGAUCGAAGAAGGCGAGCACCGCCUGCUCCUGGCCGUCGGCAUCUCGAUCCCUCUACUCUUCGUGCGCAUUCUCUACUCUCUGCUGUCGGCCUUUGCCCGGAAGCCGGAGUUCAGCUCGCUCUCCGGAAACGUCACCAUCCAGCUGUGCAUGUCGGUCCUGGAGGAGAUCGUGAUCGUCUUCGUGUGUCUGGGGAUCGGGCUCACGCUGUCCGUCCGGCCCGCCUUCGAGCCCUUCCAGGCCAACGCCCAGGAUGCGCCGAUGCUCGAGUCGCAGUCGCAGCCGGACAUGUCGAGUAUGGAGUACGAGAGUGCGAAGCCGGAGCGCCGGUACAAAAAGCGUCGGGGUGGUCCUAUUAGGCAGCUCGUUGGGCUUGCAGUCGAUGAGAUCAAUUACCGACGUCAGAAGUGA